AUGGGUUGCCGGAUCUCUGAAGACCAGCUCCUUCAUGAUACCCCCGACGAAAACUUUUAUGCCCUCGCUAGAUCAUUCGGUGAUCGAUGGGGCCUUGUGAGGGGAUCAAAUGCGCCCCCCUGUGUUGUCAGAAACUUGAAUUCCACCAAUGUGACGAUCACUGUUCAAGUUGAUGACUACAAAGUGGUCUUCUGGAGCCCGCGUACGGCCUCCAAUUUAGGUGUGCCGUUUCCAGAGACUCGACAGAACUUCAUGACCCACUGGGCAAUUCUAAAUUUACUAGUGAUGCUUGAAAAUUUUCCAUCUCCUAAAAUCUUGGAUUGGAAUCCCUACGCCCACCCUCUGCUUGAAGCUCCGUACAUCUGCAUGACCCAUUUGCCGGGCCAGCGCUUAUCUGAUGCUUGGUUUGACAAGUCCAACCUGAUACCGCUGGAACAGCGACGUCUGAGAACGCUCCAGUGCAUUGCCGAAGCUAUAGCUACACUUUCCAACGACAAGGAAUACACCAGGAUCUUAUCGUCGAAUUUGCAGCCCGAAAGCCAUUAUCUCCAGACUGAUGUCGAAAAUAACGGAGAUAGCACAGAAGCGGUAUUGUCCUCCCCAAAUUUUUGCACAGAUCGUGAGUCUUUUAAUCUGCUAUUCGAGGACAACGGGAUGGAUGGGGCACAAAAGUUCGCCCUGAUGAUGAGUGAAAUGCUGCCUAUCACAGACAGCCCAGCAAGUUUCGUAUUGCGAACGCCCUGUUUGGAAAUGGAAAAUAUCCUGGUUGAUGAAGAGGGAUCCAUUGCAGGACUCUUGCACUGGGAAGGUACGACGGCGUGGCCAGCAUGGAUGGGGUCAACUUACCCGGCAUGGAUUUGUCAAGACGUUGUGGCUGACAUGGACGGGUAUAAAAAUGACCUAUCGCAUGAAACGGCGCUGGAGUAUCGUCGAUUCUUCCGACAGCAGCUUAAUGCCAAACUAGAAGACCCAGAUGAUCGGCAAUGGUGUAAGGCUUCUCACAUCCGUCGCUUGAUCUGGCUCGCAGCCACCGAUGUGGACGCUCGACCCUGGAUUUGCGCGUCGGUGCUGGCAAAAUUGCUGGGAAUCCCCCUGGACACCGACGAGGACUACUCGAAGCAUCGGGGAGAACUGGCGCAAAAGCUGGCACAAAUGGGAAGCCCCGAUUACCCCGAAGAGGAUUUCCAGGCUCUAAGGGUCAAGUUCAAGGCGUGGAUGGAUUCAACUGAAUAA